AUGGAACCCUGGUGCAAGACCCCAGCCCCUUCCCUGAUCCAGGCUGGUCUCCUGCUGCUGCUGCCGCUGCUGUUCAGGCCGGAGGGUUGCUUGGGCGCAGGCGAAGUCUUGGAGACACUCUACACUGCUGUUCCCCGCGACUCUGGCUCCCCCUGUGCCCCGAGUGCCACCUGCCCCUCAGGGGGUCCUCGCCUCCCCAGGCAGGUCCCUGCCGUGCCGACCUUGACCCUGCCUCCCUCGACCCAGCCUCCCUCGACCCAGCCUCCCUCGACCCCGCCUCCCUCGACCCCGCCUCCCUCGCAGAACCCGGGUUCUCCAGUCGACGUUGACCUACUGCCCAGUGAGUACUGUGGACUCACGCCAUCGGCCUGCGGCAUGUCCCAGGAGCAGGACCCCACCCUCAGGGACCCAGAGGCCGUGGCUCGGCGGUGGCCAUGGAUGGUCAGUGUGUGGGCCAACGGCACACACGUCUGCGCAGGCACCCUUAUUGCCUCCCAGUGGGUGCUGACCGUGGCCCACUGCCUCAUCGGGCAUGAUGUUACCUACUCAGUACGGGUGGGGAGUCCCCAUAUUGACCAGGUGGCUCAGACGACCUCCGAUGUCCCGGUGCGCCAGUUCAUCGUGAACAGCCGGUUCCGGCCCCGUCGCUUGUGGUCCUGGGUCGGCCAGGCCAACAACAUUGCCCUCCUCCAGCUGGAGUGGGCCCUCAAGUACAGUAAAUACGUCCGGCCCAUCUGCCUGGCCGACAUGGACUACGUGGUGAAGGACCAGUCCUUCUGCUCUGUGACGGGCUGGGGACUCCCUAAGGUUAACGGCAAAUGGCCCCAGUCCCGGACCAUUCAGGAGAAGGAAGUCACCAUCCUGAACAGCAAGCAGUGUGACGGCUUCUACCACAAGUUCUCCAAAAUCCCCUCGGUGAUUCGGAUCAUCAAUUCCCAGAUGCUGUGUGCGGAAGAUGCCGACAGGGAACAGUUCUGCUAUGAAAUAAGUGGGGAGCCCCUGGUCUGUCUAAUGGAGAACACGUGGUACCUGGUGGGAAUGGUGAGCUGGGGCCCUGGCUGCGGGAAGAAGGAGGCCCCGCCCAUCUACCUGCGCGUCGCUGCCUACAAACACUGGAUCUGGGAACGUGUGAACGGGCAGGCUCUGCCAGCGCCAUCCGGGGUCCUGCUGCUGGCACUGCCGCUGCCCCUCAGCCUCCUGGCUGCCCGCUGA